ACGAGGCACACCUGAGCAGAAGUUGUUUUGCAGGCAUGAGAAAUCACAGUGAGAGCAACGCUUUUUCACCAUAUGUUAAUGUGAAGAGUGAACAGUAAAUGGUUAAUCUUACUGCGAUCUGGUUCGUAUUGACUGUGGUUUAGCUCGACGUUUAAUUCGGCGUUUCGUUACACGCGAAGGAGAACGUUACAGUGAAAAAGCGACAUUAUCAGGUGUUUCAAGUGCUGCAAUGUCAGCUCGAUCCAGCAUCAAGUCGACGCCGCCCAGCGACAAGGGCAGUAAACCGACAUCAAGUAACUCCACCCAGGCAAGAGCCAAGGCAGAAGCCGCCAAGGUGCGACUGCGUUACGCCAGACAAGAAGCAGUUUUGAAAAUGAAACAGGCCUCCAGAGAAGCCGAAAUCCAGAAAGAAAGGGCCGCCAGAGAAGCCGAAAAGGCCGCCAGACAAAGAGAAGAGACUGCCAGAGAAGCCGAAAUCCAGAAAGAAAGGGACGCCAGAGAAGCCGAAAAGGCCGCCAGACAAAGAGAAGAGGCCGCCAGAGAAGCCGAAACCCAGUUGGAAAUGGCAAAAAUAUCGACAGAGUUACAAGUGCUGCAGCCAGAAAGAGAAGAAAAAGCUGCCAUGGCGGAAGCAGAGUACAUAGAAGAAGCUGAAGGGUCGCGUGAUCUGACCGCAGUAAGAUCUACUUUAGAAAGGACCAGACUGGAACGCACGAGCGACUAUGUACAAUAUCAAAUAGACAGGCAGGCUCGUCUCCCCUCUCCAUACGUAUUCGAUAACUUCCCCAGCUACGAGGAACCUCAGAGAGUCACGAUUGCAUCACAUCCAUACGAGGAAGGAAAGUUACCCUCACGGCUCCGUGAUGAAGUCAAGAAUGAAAGAACCGACAACGCUCCUUCACCCCCACAACAGGACGGCGGGGAGGGAGAGGUUCACUCCAGGACAACAAUUGUCAGCUCGAACUGUACAGAAGUUUGCGGUCAAACUCAGUCAAGCCGUUCUUGUUCCAAGAUCUGCCUCACUAAGGUGUACCCUAAAGAAGCACAACAAGACAUUACCAAGUGUAAAUUAACCGACGAGACGCUAGGUCAGUCAGUUUUCGUUCGAACCGAGCACAGAAACAAACUUGCACAAUCAGCUCAAGAUACCAUUUCUUUAAAAACCAAAGACACCAAGGUCUUCAGAGAUGAAGCAAAUAAUGGGGUUGCCCCAUUGCCUUUCAGAGAACCACGCCAGCGCUCACCAGAUAACAAAGAGCAGGCAGUCAAACGGUUCACGUCUUUACGGAAAACCCGGAAAAGGAAACCUGAGAUGCAGCAAUGCACCCGAUUGGCCCACGAGGUACUGUGCACCCUAAUGGCAGAGGUCACAGCCAUUAUAAACGCACAAUCAUUCCUACCUGUGUCUUCUGACCCAGAAAACCCCUUUAUACUUUCGCCAUCAACGCUCCUUACGCAGAAGGCAGGAGCACCUCCUCCACCAGGAGACUUCUCAGACAAGGAUUUGUACACAAAGCAAUGGAGACAAGUCCAGGCUCUGGCAAAUCAGUUCUGGCCUCGCUGGAGACAAAAAUAUCUACCUUUGUUGCAACAGAGACAAAAGUGGACAGAACCCCGCAGGAAUCUUCAAGUUGGAGACUUAGUCCUGCUCAGGGACAAGCAAAUCGCCCGCAACAGCUGGCCAACGGCCAGAAUCACUGCUACAAUCCUUAGUGGGGAUGGACAUGUCAGGAAGAUCAAAUUAAAGACUACCGACCAAGGCGAUGUGAAAAUUUACCAAGGGUCAGUUACAAAAGUUAUUCUACUUCCACCCAAUGACUGAUUAAGAGACUAAGUUUUGUACUCUGCUCAUUGUGACCUUACGAAGGUCAAGCGGGGAGUGUGCUGUCUUUACGACAGUUAUUUAGUUUAUAAUAUUUUUGCUUAAUAAUUCAUUCAAUAGUAUUUUCUAGUUAGAAUUAGAAGUGUUUAAAGUAUAUUCAUUGCAUGUAAAAUAUAUCGGCAUGCGAUGACGUCACAUCCGGUUUCGCCGCGUCUUGUGGGAAAGUACCGGUUUGAAAUUAGCACGAGGGUGGGGGCUUACCACGAGGCACACCUGAGCAGAAGUUGUUUUGCAGGCAUGAGAAAUCACAGUGAGAGCAACGCUGUAAGUUAAUAGAUAAUCGAUAUAUUGAACUAAGAUGUUAAUGCCGAUCCUGUUAGAAGUAACGACGGUCGAUAAUGUUUAUGCUUUCGUUAGUUAAAGAGUUGUGGAUAGUUUGCAUGGAAGUGUAUUUAAAGUAGUCAAUGGAGCAGGUAAACUCUGCCUGUAUACUGCACCUUAGUGUAAUGUAGUUAUAGUCACCUUUACAAGUAUUUACAAUUGAAAUGUGAUAUUAAGGAAGGAACAAAUACUGUAUCAAUCUUGUAUUGUUUUAUCAACAGUUUUCACCAUAUGUUAAUGUGAAGAGUGAACAGUAAAUGGUUAAUCUUACUGCGAUCUGGUUCGUAUUGACUGUGGUUUAGCUCGACGUUUAAUUCGGUGUUUCGUUACACGCGAAGGAGAACGUUACACUGGUGGUAUAUAAACUGUGGUUAGGAUUAUGGAGGAGAACUGCCUAGGUAAAUAGAACAGACGGCAUUUGAUCAUUAAGUGUUUAAGUUCAGGGGAACAUGAAUUUGACUAAAUCGCCACAUCAGAAUUUAUCUUGAAACAUACACCUCCAUCUUUUGCCUUUCAGCAGUUUGGUCCACUCCGCAAAUCGAGAAGCUUUCUGGUUUGACUGCUGUGCAUCUUGCAUACUAGGAGACAGCUCAGGCAUAGAAUACACCAGUCCCUCAUUUCCCUCUGAUACAGCAUCUUGCCCUCAGAUCCUCAGUUUUGUUCUCCAGCGACUGCACAUUUGCCAACAAGAUGCUGGGUGGAGGGGUCCUCAUCCCUCAGCGUCAGCGAUUCAUAAAAUGUUACUUUGUAAUGUUGCCUGGACAUCCCGAGCUUAUGAAAAGUAUAUAUAAAUGUUUUUUUUCAGAAACAGAAUUAGAAUUGCAUUUAAUAACAUCAAUAUAUGUCAUGAAAUCUGUUGUUUUGUGGCAGCUGUCCAUGGGGAAUACAUAAUACUAAAAUAAAAACUAGAUUACAAUAAGUAUAUAUAAAAAAUAAAUAAUCAGAACAAAUAAGAGGGAAAAUGCUGAGGUAUUCCCAUUAUUAGCUUCAGAUCAAAACUUAUCCAGUGCCUGUGUUGCAGAAUUCAUUCUGCUGCAUAGGGAAUAAAUGUAGAUUUUUAGGGUUCUUCAUUUCUUCAGUUUCUAUUCAUUUCAUUGAUAAAUAUGAAUCCAUUCUUGCCCCAUUUGCAAAGAAACGGAUAUCUUCUGCAACAUUUUCAACCACUUUGCUCAGAAGGAACCUCAAUAAAGUGGGCAUGCCUGGACCCAUUCACCAGGCGGGGAUCGUUACCACAGAGUUCAAUGGUAGUUUUUGUAAUUUUUAAUGGAAAUCAUCUUUUAUCUGCUCAUUUGAAAUUACUUGUAUUUGAACUUCUUUUCAGAUGUGUAUUUUGAUGGCAACUGGUACUCUGCACA